AUGAUCAGUGAGGUCGGGAAAUGCACCAGCUACCUGGAGGCAAAAAACUACACAGAAUUCUCAGAAUUCUUCCUCUUGGAUCUCUCAGAAGAUCCUGAAAUACAGCCCAUUCUCUUCGGGCUGUUCCUGUCCAUGUACCUGGUCACGGUGCUCAGGAACCUGCUCAUUAUCCUGGCCGUCAGCUCUGACUCCCACCUGCACACCCCCAUGUACUUCUUCCUCUCCAACCUGUCCUUUGUUGACAUCGGUUUCACCUCCACCACCAUCCCAAAGAUGACUGUGGACAUCCUAACUCACAGCAGAGUCAUCUCCUAUGGGGGCUGCCUGAUGCAGAUGUCUCUCGCUCUGUUUUUUGCUUGUGUGUAUGAUAUGCUUCUGACCGUGAUGGCCUAUGACAGGCUUGUGGCCAUCUGCCACCCCCUGCACUACACAGUCAUCAUGAACCCCGGCUUCUGUGGCCUCCUGGUUCUGAUAUCUUGGUUCAUCAUGACCCUGGUUGUCCUGGCUCAGGUCAUACUUAUAAGAAGACUGACAUUCCCCAGGGCCACAGAAGUCCCACAUUUCUUCUGUGAGCUGGUGCAGGAUCUCAAGGUGGCCCACUCUGACUCCUUAAUCAAUAACAUGUACCUGUACUUGUCGGCUGUGUUGCUGGAUGUGUUUCCCAUCACAGGGUUCCUCUACUUCUACUCUAAAAUUAUCUCCUUCUUAGUGAGGAUGUCCUCAACAGCAGGCAAGAAGAAACCAUUUUCCACCUGUGGGUCUCACCUCUGUGUGGUCUGCUUGUUCUGUGGAACAGGAGUUGGGGUCUACUUCAGUUCUGCUGUGACCUCUUCUUCCCAGAGCAGCACUAUUGCCUCGGUGAUGUACACAGUGGUCACCCCCAUGCUGAACCCCUUCAUCUACAGCCUGAGGAACAAGGACGUGAAGGGGGUCCUGGGAAGACUGCUCAGCCCAGCAGCCUCUUGCCUGUGA